UGUUUGAUUUAAAAAAAAAAAAAAGAAAAAAUUUGAGCGUCCUUUGGGGUUUCCUUUGAUGACUUUUCUUGCCCUUUGUCGUACUUUCUCCCCUCACUUUCUCACUGUCCAAACGGGAAUCGAGUGUUUUCUUCUUCUUCUUCUUCUUCGAAUUCCAGUUCCUUGAUGGACCCCGAAGUGAUCGAGAUUCCUCCUCCGAUUCAUCGCUCUUUUAAGUCUAAACAAAAACAGGCUGUUAUUCAUGAAGUAAUUGAUGUUGAUAAAGAUGAUGAUUCAACUGAUAGAGUGAUUCUUGAUGAAAGAGUUGAUGUAAGGAACAAAGGGAAAGCAGUAAAAAGUAGCUCUGGUGUUUAUGGUAUUAAUCAAGCUGAGGACUUUGUGGCUAAAUCUCUUGGUUCAGUAAACAAGGUUGAACCUUCUAAGCUUUCUAACCAAGGAUUGCAUAAUGUAAAUAACUUUAAAUUUGAUUUGGCCUACGAUGAUGAGUUUUUUGAUAACUAUUUCACUAAUGAUUUCAUGGAUGAUGAGUAUGCCAUGUUGCAAGCACAUUUUGAUAAUGUUGAUAUUCCUGCUGGAGUAGAGGCAUCCAUCCCUUGGUUUGCAGAUUUUUCAGAGAGGAAAAAGAAAACUUCUGAUGGAAACAUUUCAUUGAGUGUUGAUGGGAAUGACGAAUCUCUUUCGUCAUGGUUAUCAGAGCCUGCUCAUAUGAACAAGAAGGCAACUUCAGUUAAUAGUUCAAGUUUCCAGACCCCAGGGGAUCCUUUGAGUUAUUCUCCUGGAGUUGCAAGUCUGCCUACACCUUUGUUAUUUCCACAAGGUUCUCAAAGUAAGAAAAAGUCAGCUACUUCGCGGCGUGGUCAAAAUCUUCCAUUUGGGCAGUCAUUGCAGUCUUCCCAGGCUGGUGGUUCUACUAAUGGUAGUAGUGUGAAUCACUCUGAUGCAAUGAUGCUCCCUGAUGCAAUGAUGCUCCCUGAUGCAGUAAAUCAAUCUUAUUGGGAUCAUUUUAAUUCUGCCAUACAGAAGCAAAUUGAUGCUAGUAGUUUGCAUUCAAAUUUUCCUACAUCUGUAGAUACAUUAAAUCACGUUGUGGUUGCAGAACCAUCCAUGUCUUGGUUGCAACCCCUUAUGAACCCCCCAAAAUAUAGUUUUAAUAAGCACAAUGUCUAUUCAAGUUUUCCUGAUCCAGUUGAUGGUGCUUAUAUUACUCCUGAAGAAGUGGCAGACAUUAGAAAUCAGAGAAAUGUAAAUGAAGAAGAUAUCCUCAGCAAGCUCCAGCUUUUUAAACAGUUUGAUACUGUUGAAGAUUUUUCAGACCAUCACUAUGCUCCCAUUGGUGCUUCAACGAAACAGCCACCGAAGAAUUGGGCAAAGAAGAUUCAGGAGGAGUGGAAAAUACUUGAGAAGGAUUUACCAGAUACUAUUUUUGUUAGGGUUUAUGAAUCAAGAAUGGAUCUCUUAAGGGCUGUAAUUAUAGGAGCAGAGGGCACCCCCUACCAUGAUGGUCUCUUCUUCUUUGAUGUUUUCUUCCCUGCUAGCUAUCCUAAAGUACCACCUCAUGUUUACUACCAUUCUGGUGGACUUCGGCUCAAUCCAAAUUUGUAUAGUUGUGGUAAAGUAUGCCUUAGUCUUCUUAACACCUGGUCUGGUAAUAAGAAUGAGAAGUGGAUACCUGGUAUGUCAACCAUGCUCCAAGUUCUGGUCUCUAUUCAGGCUCUAAUCUUGAAUCAGAAGCCUUACUUUAAUGAGCCUGGUUGGGCACAUCAGAGUGGCACACCAAAAGGUGAAUUAUUGUCCCGGCAAUACAAUGAAGAUACAUUUAUCUUGUCACUGAAGACAAUGAUCUACUCUAUGAGGAGGCCGCCAAAGCAUUUUGAGGAUUUUGUUGUGGGCCAUUUCUACAGGCGUGCUCAUGAUAUUCUGGUGGCAUGUAAAGCAUAUAUGGAUGGUGCUCAGGUAGGUUGCCUGGUAAAAGGUGGUGUUCAGGAUGUCGAUGAAGGUGACAAGAGCUGCUCACAGAAGUUUAAGGACUCUGUGGCUGGAUGUGCAAAUAUGCUUGUGAAAGAAUUUACAGUACUUGGAGUCAAGGAAUGUGAGAAAUUCCUUACUGCCCCCAAUUGUCAAAAUAAUCGAGUUUGGACUCCUUUUUGAAACUAAAAUUUUGAAACUUUACCUGUAUGGUUUUAUUUAUAAAUAUGCAAAGUUGUCUAAUUGAUUUCUUAUCAAGUAACUUAGAAUUGAAUUGAGAAGUGUCGUAUGCUUUCAUUCGUAGGAUGUUCACAUGUAGUUUCAGAAAUUGUACAUGGAUGUAUAUAUGGAUAGGAGUUAUCGGUUCUUUUUCAAUUUUUAAAUCGUAUGAAAUCAUUGUUUCAUUAGAGGUGCUUAACGUAGCCCAUAUACUUAACAGAAGGAAGGAUUAUACUGUUACAGCUCUGCAGUUGGCCUGAUCAUUUGGCGAUGAGGAUUGCUGUGGCUAGGAACUGUUGCUGGAAAUCUAUGGCGUGUUCUGUUUCAUGAGUGGUUGUAUCUAGGGGUGUAAUCGAAUUAAAUCGAAUUGAUACAGUGAGAAGCUCG